CUAGUAUAUAAUAUAUAUAGAUAUUGAUUUGCUUGAAUUGAGAUUUGCAAUUAAGAUCAUCAUAUCUCUUUUGAUCUUGUAACCUUUAAAAUUUCAGUUUGGAAGGAAAUGGAAACGAAUUUGGUGGCGGAGAAGGCGGACCAGACGGUGUACGAAGGAGAAGGAGGAGCGUACUAUGCAUGGACACCUUCCAAAUCGCCAUUGUUGUCGGAAUGGAAGCUUGGUGCCGGCGAGCUUAUCCUCCACCCACUUGGAUUCGCUCUUCCUCACUUUUCCGAUUCCUCUAAAAUUGGUUACGUUCUUCAAGGGAGUUGCACAGUUGGAUUGGUGGCAUCAAAUAGUUCAGAAGAAACAGUGGUGGUGAUCAAGAAAGGGGAUGUAAUGCCGUUGCCAAGGGGGCAGAUUUCAUGGUGGUUCAACGGUGGCGACACCGAUUUGACCAUAAUAUUCCUGGGUGAAACCGCCAAAGCGCAAGUCGUCGGUGAAAUGAGUUACUUUUUCUUGUCCGGAGCUCAAGGUAUGCUUCAUGGAUUCCAAUCCGAUAUUGUCGCCAAAGUUUUUGAUCUCAACAACAAGGAAGCUGAAGAUCUUGUAAGUAGCCAACCAGGUUCGUUGAUCGUUAAACUCAGGAAAGGAACCGAGUUUCCAAACCCAAGUGAGCACGUGAAAGAGAAAGUAUAUGCUGCCAUUGAUACUCCGGCCGCUGAUGUGGUUGUGGAAGGCGGUGGAAUCAUCAAUUCCUUGACGGAAAAGGAGUUUCCGGUGCUUAUGGGAAUGGAUUUGAGUGCAAGAUUUGUGAGACUGGAAGGGAAGGCCAUGUUGGCACCAAGCUAUGUGGCAGACGGGACGGGUCGGGUCAUUUAUGUUGCCAAGGGUAGUGGUCGGAUCCGGGUUGUGGGUAAUGAAGGAAAGCCCAGUUUUGAUGGUGACGUGAAAGAAGGUGAACUUAUGGUUCUUCCUCAAUUCUUGGCUGCUUCUGUGAUUGCAGAUGAGGGUGGAAUGGAGCUUUUUUCUGUCAUUAAUUCUUCCAAACCUACUUUCGAGCAACUGGCUGGAAACGUGUCGGUUUGGAAGAAGUUAUCAUCAGUGGUUUUACAAUCCACUUUAAAUAUCAAUCCGGAGCUCGAAGAACUUUUCAUGUCGAAGAAUACGCAAAGUUUGAUGAUUAUUCCUCCAAAAAACUAAGACACGAAAUACAUAUAUAUGUAUGUGUAUGUGUAUG